CCGGAAGCAGUUUACUACUUCCGGGUGGUUGUCAGUGACGCUCUCGAGCGGUCGUCAGGGUUCUCUGAGCUGUGGACUGCUGGAUUCUAGCCAGCGCGUGAGGCCCUUGCAGGAUCCGCGCCACAGAGAGAAACUGAAUGGAUCCAUUACAGGAAUAUCCCCAUAAUUCAUUUGACCUGCAAUGUCUGUUAAAUUCAUUUCCUGGAGAUUUGGAGUUUAAGCAGAUCUUCAGUGACAUUGGGGAUCAGAUCGAGCAAAAUGCUACAAGUAUAGAACAUUGCACUGAAAAAAUCCAUUCUGAAGUGAACAAGCUCUGUCCUGAUGUACAGCUGCAAACAACAAGUGACUACUUCAAAUGGCUAAAUAGCUAUAAUUAUAGUUUAUCUAAGUCACCAUCCAUUCCCCAUGGAGAUUUGACAAACUUCCUCAAAACAAUGCAAGAUUUAUUGAAUAAUGAAGAAAACCAUGAAGAAAUGAUCCUGGAUUUACUCUGGGACCUCUCCUGUCAAAGCAGCAUCUCAUUCCUGUCCUCCCUGGGUGGGACAACUUUCUGUCACUUCUCCAGGACUUCUAUACAUUCUGUGGAAGAUUUCUCCUCUGUGGAUGUCAAGUCUAUUUGGGAUGAUGUAAGACUACGUCUUCGACGAUUCUUAGUGAACAGGUUAGAAAGAUAUAAUGAGAUAAACAAUUCACAACACAAAAUUGAACUGAAAACUCAAUGUAUGAAGCAAUUUCUCCUGCUGUACUCAGAGUCAGAAGUGCUUGUGAAAUACAGAAGUGUGCAGAAGAGACUGCUGGACACGUUUCUGCAGGACUCCUUUCCUGCCUGCAGCAGGGAACCAGAUUUAGACAGAAUUGCACGUGGAUACCAAAGUGCAAUGCUCACCGUGUAUUCAAUGAUAAAAGAGGAUUUUAACAUAUUAUGUGAAAUCUUAGCUCCAUCGUCAGUGGUGCGAUUCAUUAAUGAAACUUACCUGGGUACAGUUACAGAAGAAAUGACACAAAUUCUUGAAAAUUUUUGUGAGUUGCAGUUCAGAGAAAAUGCUGAUCCUGCAGGUAAAGCAAGCAAGAGCUGCAGCAAGCACAGAGGAGCAGAGCACGCUUCGGAUCAAGAAAUAAAAUAUGAAUAUAUGAAAAUCUACCAGAAGUUAUGCAGACAAGCAGUUGGAGAAUGCUGGAAAGAAAAUAAUUCAACAGUCAGUCCUGCAUUCUCACAGAAGGAGAGACACCCUUCUCUAUCCUUGGAAGAACUUAAAUUCUUAUCACAGCUAACGGAAUCCUUUGUGAAGCUGGAAAACAACAUGCAGGAGCUGUUUGAAGAAACACUUUCAUUGCUUCAGAUGCUCAGGAGUUGUCCAGGAAUAUUGGAGAAACCUAAUAAGGCAGUCAUGGCAGAAAUGCAUAUAGCAAAGGAAAACAAUCCUCCACCAGAGCCAUCAUUACCAGUAAAAGAGGCUACUUUACUAGAGUUUGGCUGGAGAAAUUCAUUUAAACAAGUAUCUCUUGCCAUAGCACACUGCAUAUCAGCCGCCAUUGAAGGUUUUGUCACAAAAGUUCUCCAACAGGAACAAACUGAAAGGACUUCAGCUGCAAGCUACACUAUGAAUCUUAUAAAUGUCCCACAACAUUGGCCAGAAGGUCACAUAUUUCCAGAGGAGGAACAACCAAAGAGAGUCGCCAAGUUUUGUUCUGACAUUAUGGAAAAGCUUGAUACAAUGCUUCCACUGGCCCUGGCAUGCCGAGAUGAUUCUCCUCAGGAAAUUAGAGGGAACCUGGUGGAGGCCUGCUGUAAAGUGGCAACAGCUGUCCUGGAAAGACUGCGGGAGAGAGGCACGGAGGUUCCUUCCAGAGCACCUCUGAAGAACCUGCACAUCAUCCUGUCCUCGGCAGUGUAUAUCUCACAGUGGUUCAUGCACUACGAUAAUCUGAUGAAAGAGACAGCUAAGAAACCCAUAUUCCUGGUGCCUGUCCAGCGAUAUCAGGAAUUCAUCAGCACUGUACAGUUUCAGCUUACGGACUACUGCAUCAGAGUUUGUGCUACGAGCAUUUUACAGGAUGCCGAGAGCCACCACUGGGAGGACUACAAAGCUUUUUAUGAGGGGGAAAGAUGUUCCUUCGCCAUCCAGAUGUGGCAUUACUUCAGCUGGGCUCUGCAUCACGAUCUCUGGACCAUAUUGCCCCCUAAGCUGGCCCAGGAGAUUCUAGCCGAGCUGCUGGAGAAAUCCUUGGGUCUACUUGCCUCCAGAUAUGCUCGGGCCCACCCCAGUCCUAGGAGAACUGCACAGAUAAGACUUGAUAUCACAGCAAUCUUAAUAUGUACUGAGAAAAUGUUGUGGUCAGUUUGUACCUCUGAACAGGAAAUUUUGAAUCCUCAUAAGUAUAACCACCAUAAAAUUUUUAAAAUCCAUAUUCAUUGCAACAAUCUCUUCACAACAUUAGCAAUUUUGACAUCACCAUUAACAGAAUUAUAUAAGACUUUUCAGGAUGGUAGGGACGAGUCAGCUUCAAAUGCCUUCACGCCAUUGUUUAAUCAGCCAUUACACUGGAUUUCAUGCCUAUCACAGUUCCAUCCUUCUCUCCUCAGGCCUCCAUCAGCGAGAGAACUGACAGCCCAGGGUCAGUUGAAACUGCUCUUAUCCCAGCCAUGCUGUAAGGGGAACCUGCUUCUGGAGACCUUACUACAUGGUGAUGGCCUCAUAGCGAGAAUCCUGUUGAAAAGUGCAAAACAAGCUGCUGGCAUGGAGAGUAAGCAGAGUGCAGGCUGCAGUGUGGUGGGCACCAUCUUUGAAGUUCUGUAUUGGUGUCACUUAUCCCCACAGACAUUUGGAAAUGUAUUUACGAGCCACAUGGAAGAAGAACAACUCUGGGACUUUUUGUGCAACAUUCCAGUCUCGGCAUUCACAGAGUCACAGCCAGAAGUUAUCCGCUGUCUGAGACUGGCACUGAUUGACUCCGUCAAGGACACUGUGCAACAAAUAAUAUCCAUGGUGAAAUGUUGGAGAAACAGCGAGACAAAGCUAAACAAGCCCCCUGUUCCUGAUCAUCUGCUUCAGAGUAUUCCACGAGAAUGGAAUUAUAUUCCAAGAGAUUCCACAUGGAAAGAGUCAAAUAAAGGCUUCACCAGGCUUGCCGCGCAGGCAGUGUCUAUUGUCCUCAGCAAGUUACCUACGGUGAUUGCAUGCUUGCCUCCUACAAUUAAAUACUUCUUUUUUCUGUCUGAGAGAAAAAUGUCAAAAAACGUGGCUGAAUUGAAGAAAGCUGGCCUGCUUGUCUGGAACUUGAUUGUAAUUAUAUGUCGGAUAUUUGAGGAUGGGAACACCGUGGAACGUUUAACAGGUUCCUCCCUUGACAGAUGGAGCAAGGAGAAACUGGGUUUAAUUUGCUUGUGUUUGGAAAGUAUCCUGGGAGAGCAAAGCAGUCCUAGUCAGCUGACCCAAAAGGUCAUCCUGCAUAUCGAGCAGCAAAGUCCCAACUGGAUAGAGCACCAGCUUCUGAAAGCACGGACACUGAACAUCGAAUGUGCAUCCAUGCCGGUGGAGGGAAGCUCUGGCUCAGAAGGAGACGCUGUUCUUGAACUGACUGAGCAGAAAACAAACGCGAUGGUCCUGGAUCUCUGCCACAAACCAGGUGGCAGCAAGUACCUGCAGCAAAUUUAUCACAUCAUGCAACUCAAUGAGGAAUAUUUAAAAGAGCAACUGUUGGCUAUGAAUGGUUCAGAAGAAAAGCCAUUCCCCAUCCAACCUUUGAAGGAGGCCUUGAGAAAUGGUGAAUAUCAGCCUCCUGCUUUUGACCCUUUCCACGUGCACAAGGUGUUCAGUGAAAGCAUGCUGGAUCAGGCAGCCACGGCGACAUGGUACUGGGACUGGUCAAACUUGCUGCCAAAUUACUUAGGACUGGAUAAGAUGACCUUCGGCCCACUACUCAAAAACAGGUCUGAGGAGGGGAGUGAAGAUUUGGCAUGAUAAUGGAGGUUUUUCAAGAUAGCAAGCUGCUCAGGGCAGCCGGGGAUCUUCCCAGAGGACUCAAUAGACAAAGAAGAUGGGUGCAGGAAGUCCAUGCAUGUUUCUAAAUUAUAUUUAUGGCUAUUUUAUUCACUACAUGUAUUUAAUUUUGUUUAGUAAUGUAAAUUUUUCUUAUAUUAGAUCGCCUUCACUGUCUCCCAUAAUCAGUGUCUUUUAUCUUUAGCUAUUCAUUUUUAUUUUGUUUUCUCAAUUUUGUUAAACCUUCAUCUAUUCUAAUUUUCACUGCUUCAAACUUAACAAAAUAAUUUUAAUGAAUAUGUAGGUAAGAUAAAAGAUUUCUAUUUCUUAGUGUUAGAAACAGAAGACAAAAUUACGUUUUGAUAAUUUUUGCAUUACCCCUGAAAGUUGCAUAUUAUUUCUUAGACCUUCCUGCAAAUCUGUGUCUAAAAGAUCUCAAAAUAACAAAAUAUUCUUUAACAUUUAAACUAUUUCUUUAUAUUGUGAUGUCUAGUCAUGUUUGAAAUGUAUUUUCCUUUCAAUACUUCUACAUAGAAAGAUUGUUGUUUAAUAAUAUCUUAAUUCAAAGUUAUUUCUUCAAUUUAGUAUUUGUGAGUUUGUUCUUACAGUUAAGUUUUCUGGCCUUCAUUGCAAUGUUUACUGUGCUGCGUGGCAUGCAUUUGGAGCAAAUGAACGCUGUUGGACUAAAUGCCACUAUCUUACUCAAAAUAUAUUUUUAAUGUGAAUUCAAUUCAUCAAGCCAUCUAGCAGAACCUGAAAUAUUGGCAAAUACUACAGCAAUAAAGGAUUGUGUUACUUUAUUUUUCUUAGAAUUUCUUUUGAAAAAUAAUGGACGCUAAUUUUUUUAAUCAGGCUGCUUUCUCAAGUAAGGUUCUUUUAAACAUUGACAAAAUGAUGAAUCUUUUCAAUUUGUAUGAUUUACAUGGAAAAAGUAGAAUAAUAUUUAAAGAUUAAUGCCCAUGCUUGUUUCAGUUUUAGCCUAUAUAUACCAUCAAAUGAAUUUUUAUCCUAAAAGCCGUGCUUAUACAUCUAAUGUAAGACAUCUGAGGACUUUACAGCUAACAUUUUUAUAUUUUCCGGAACCUAGAACUCAUUUUGUUUUUGUUGUUGAAUUUGAAGCUGAGUUCCCUCUUUUGUUCAGAUUUUUCUCCAACUCUUGGUCUCAAGUGGCUCCUGGGUCUAUGGAAAACAGACAUUUCUCAUCAUGCCUAGUUUUAAUAUGUUACUUAUAAAGAAAAUCAGUUGGUUCAAUUAUGACAAAUAAAAUGUACUUAAAUGUAAAUAAUAAAUGUAUGCUUAAUAGUUUUUGUAGUGACAAUUAAACUUUGUUCAGUUGGAAAGAAUCAGAAAUAAAAUAUUAUUGUACAUGUGGAUUAUCAGGACCUGUGAGAUUGCUCAGUUGGUAAAGUGCUUAUUAUGACAGCCAAAGACCUGAGGUUAUUUGAUCUAGUGCAACCUCAUAAAAUGUUGAGCACGGUGGCAUAUGUCUGAACUUGGUGUUGGAGAAGUUCUGACAGACAGAUUGGAUCAUCUUUGGAGUUCUUUGGUCAGCCAGUCUAGCCUAAUCCUUGAGCACCAAGUCCCAAUGAGAUAUCCCAUGAUGCCCACGAAAGUGUAACACAACAAAACCUCAAAACACAAGUGUACACAAAUGCAGCUCAUAAAUACAUACAUACACAGAGAAGGGGGGAGGGGGAUGAAAAAGAAAGAAAAGAAAGAAGAGAAAGAAAAUCAUUUAGAAAACACAAGUUCUUUUCUUAAAAGAAAUUUUAUUAGAUGCCUUACCUUAUAGCCAAAAUAAUACAGAUUUAUGAAGGCAAAUACUUGAAAUGAUAUUUGAAAAUAGGGAAUCAACACUGUAUUUGGCUUUGUUACUGCAAAGUGUGCUACCUGACCAAGACUCAGCAUAACUGAAAGUCCCGAUGUAAAACACAAGUAAUUUUCUUAUGCUUAGCAAAGAUUUAAUGAAGUCUUGACUUCUCAACAUGGACAACAAAAGUGCCUGUAGAGAAUGUGACAAAAAGAUAGAAAUGAAUUUUUGAAUUUUCUUUCCCUUCUUUUCAUGCUCAAUUGGCUACAGAACAAGAAUAAAAAUCCAAAGGAAAUAUUUCUGACCUCUGUAUAAAGUAAUAUUCAAGUCCUAUGCUGUCCUGGAAAUAUAAAUAAAGGCAGAACAUGUAGGACAAGCCUCAGUGUGACCACAUUAAUAAUUUGCCAAACAACUGAAGAGUGCAUAAAGGGAUACACCCUGCAAUUCAGCCGCUUCUUCCCCUUACUACCACUUACUGAGCCUUAACAUGUAACAGUAAAACACUGUUACGUCAUCUAAAGCAGUCUCAGUGGAAGGCUCUGUGUAGUAUUCCUUAAGUGUGAGAACUAUAGGUACCCUCAGAUGCAAGUGUUCAGCUUCUGCUUGGAACACUUAGCAUAUUUCUUUUUUCCCUAUGGUUUGAAAUGUGUGGGAACAUGUGAUGAGGGUCCUUUUAUAUUCAAAAUGGGUCAGCUUGUGUCGAGAAAGUGUCUUAUUGUCAUGAUGUCACCACAUCUCAAGAUUUGUGACCUUUUGCACCAUAUGGAUUCAUGGUAGCCCACAACUUAGUUUGCAGGCCAGAGUGCUUUUGUACCCCCGCUAGGGGGAAUCAAAGGCUUUUGGACUGGAAUUUCAAGUACUGAUAGAUUUGGAAAAACAAAAGUAAUUUUUAUAUAUCCUAAGGACCGCCAGAUGUCGCAAAGGCAUCAUUGAUGAAGCGCCGGUUUUCUCCAAAAUGUGGCUCUUAUAUAAGGAAUACUAUCAUUGUGUUUGAGAGUUGCAGAGGCCAUAACAGGUCAGUGAAAUGUCCUUCAAUCAUCUGAUUUUUACAUUCAAGAAUGGGCCAAGACGAAAAGACAACCACAUAUCUGACAUUGACAUUACUACCAUUUAGACAACCAAUUCAGUUGCCUCGGUCAGUAGGAUCAGCGGGGCCUUUAUUGCUUUGAAAAAUCACAAAGAUGAUAUAGUUUUUCUUUUUCUUUAAUAGUGAAGAUUUGGAGCCACAGCCUACCUUUGCUUUAGCUGUAAUGGGACCUGCUCAGUGGAGGCAUGAGAAAACUUUUGAAGCACUCCCUCCCCCAUGAGUGUAAAGCAUUUUAUGAGAUGUACAAAAUUAUAAUAAUGAAAGAAGUGGUGCUGAGUGAAUUCUGCUGAGCCAAAGUGUACGCAUAAAUUGGCAGUUUAACAAGUAGAACUUGGAAGCAAGCAUUUGAUGAUUGAUUUUUUAUUGAGACAGAACAAGCAUGAUAGUGAGUAAAGUGAUUUUCCUUAUUGAGAGAAAAAUAUAGUGUUUUUCAACAUGUCUCUAGGAUGAAUGGAAGUCUUGUCAAAAAAAAUGGAGCAACACAUAAUAUCUUUUAAAAGGUGAAUUAACAUAAGUAUAUCACUUAUUCUAUGGAGCAAAUUUUAUACUUGUCAGUUUUAUUCAUAAUGCCAUAAAGUUUAUGUUACAAAGGUAAGAUUACUACCUUUGUUAUGUCCUUUAAAAACUCAGGUAUUAACUGAACUGUAAGUAGAUUAUAAAAUAUAUUCAUGUAUUCAAUGCAGUAAUAAAAAUUAAGUUCAAAAUAUGUAUUUAUGUGUAGAUCUUAGGCAAGUCCCUGGUAAUUUUAAAGUACUUGAAAUACAUUAUUCAACAUGUAACCUGCUGUAUAUUUGUUUAUAAUAGGCUCUGCCUGAGAAUACAAGAACUGUCAAGAUAAAAAUAAGAAGCAUAUAUCAUUCUAACUUAAUUAUAAUCCAUCAAAAAUAUUUCCAUUGUCUAUGUUCCAGGAUGAUAGAGAAACGUUCUUAUAAAGACAAUUGUAAACUAAAGCUAAUUACGAUUUGCCAAAGUUAAUUGAGGUCAUUCAUACAUAGAUUUAUAAUACUAAAAUAACAUAUGUGUACAUAUCAACAUGUAUGCAUGCAUAAUAUCUGAUUCAUAGCUAUCUUUUCUGUGGCUCAUUUAUAGCCACAUAUGUGAACAUUUAAAAUAAUAAAUAUGAAUUUGUUUAUAGAAAGUUCUUUUCAAGAUGAUUAUACAUUUUUCUCCUUGUGUUUUCUGACUAUAAUUUUUAAAUCUACUUAGUUGUGGAUAUAUUAUUUCCUUUGUUUUAAAAUGCAUUUAAACCUAAGGGGACAUAAUCAUGCUGGUUUUUGUGGGUUUAAACAGGGGGCAUAAAAAAAAACAAAGCAAAAAACAGGAGGCAUCCUAUGAAUCCGUGGUUCCUGUUACAUUUGACUGUAUAUAGCACGGGUCCAUGCUCUAUGUGAAAGAUUAUCUGUAUUUUAUUUUAAGACUUUAUGUAUAUUUAACCUUUAAUUUGACUAGCAGGCUGUAUGAUUUACAUAAAAAAUAGAUCAGCUCUGCAUUCACAGAAUGCUGUUGGUAUGCCAUAAUCAAUCAUCUCUAAAUGUUAAUGGUGUUAAGGAGCAAUGAGAGCAUAUGUCUUCUAUCUGCAGGCCUGUGGAUUUGUGGAAUUACUUGGGAUGUCUACCUGCAUUAGACCAUGGCCUUUGUCUAUGGUUAAGAACUAGAGUUUUUGAGUGGUAGAUAUCAUUAUAAUGAAGUUGUGGAAUUAGGUAAGUAGAAGUACUUCAGACACAAUCAUUUCCUAAUAGGCACCUUGAUGCCCAUGUCAUUCCUGCGAGAAAAGUAUAAUAGACGAUACGGCAUAGCGAUGGGAGUGCUGAGAGUUUGUCUCAUUUUCUUUUCACUAUGUUUCAAUAAAAUAUGGCUUUCCUUAGUGUUAUCCUAAUUACACAUGUUCACGGUCCCUCAAUGAAAUAAAAAGUCAACAUGUAAAAGGCAGAGAAGUACGGGGAAAAUUGGAUUUCAAUGGUAAGAAGCCUAGUCUGUAAUAAGGCCAUUUAGCCCCGUCAUCGUAUCGUUAAAAAUGAUGCUAACAAAGAAUAUUUAUUGCUAUGUAAUUGUAGGAUUUAUUUUUAAGUGCAAAUUCUAAUUAUCAAGGAAACUGCAUCCUUUUUAUCUGAGAGAAGGAUAUACUAAAUCAUAGCAGAUUUGGUUAUUGGAACUAUAAUAUUGUUACCUUGCUUGAAACACAUGGUCUCUCCUGAUAUACAAGGAAAAAAACUGAAUCUAUUUCAAUAAAUUAAUAGGGAUGAGAAUCCAAUCUAUCCUUCUUUUCAGAGGUUCACAUACAUUGUAAUGAGAUGCAUUAGGAGUUUUCUUCACUUGAAAUCCAAAUGAGACCCAUUUUGGCUCACACCCUUGACAGUCUCUUUUAUAUGCGUUGCUGUCUCCUGUUCUUGUGUGGGCCUGGUAAAAUGCUUCCUUUGUGAGAUGCACAGAGACAAUAUAAUGCCACGAAAGACGAAGGUGUCAAAACACAAAGUUAGAGGCAAUCUAAUCAAUGCCUCCUGAUUUAGCCUUUGAAGGCUCUCUUCAUUAAAACCCUUUAAAGCUGAGGCUUAUCUUGAGGUAGAGCUGUUACUUAAUAUUUUUCAGUGUCAUUCUUUGGACAGUCAUUUGUACCUUUUAAAUGUAUUUUCACUAUUCAUUGUUUAGUAAAUUGGAUGUCUUGUUAGCACGGCGGUGGUAUGAAUGACUUGCAUCAAAAUGAUUGAAGGUAAUACUGUACAAAUUCUUGGUAAAAUUUU